AUGCAAAUCAAUUCUGAUAAUUCAAAAAUAAUUAAUCCAGUUACAGAUAUGCUAUCUAAUAAUUGUCUUCAAGAUGCAUUAGCUUGUUAUUAUGCACAUAAAGAUGGAUAUACAGAACAUCUUGAACGAAUAUUUACUAAAAAGGAUUAUAAGCAAUACUUAGAUAUAAAAGAAGAAACAGCUACUCCCAAACCAGUAAUAGCUAGCAAGAACUAUAAUAGACAACAUAUUAUAUAUCUUAUGGCUCUUACAGAUAUUACCAAAUCCAAAGAUGAUAAGUAUGGGCAAAAGAACCAUUUCCUUUGUAUUAAAAACCCAAAUGGAUUGGUUUAUAAAGAUAAUGCCAAAAAACACUGUUUCGGAUUAGGAGAAGCUACCCAAAGAGUUAAAUUACCUACCAAAGCUGACUUUGAGGCUGAUAAUAAGAAAUGCGAUGAGAAAUAUGGAGGCCAAAUGCGAAAGCUUGCUGAACAAAAGGCCAAUAGCUUUUGCUACUUGGUUCACUGGAUCGAUACUGGAAAGCAUGACCGAAUUGAGACUGAAGAAGACAAGAAAAAAUUUGCUAAAACAAAUACCUGCUGGAUAUGUAAAGAUAAAUUCGAUACAGAUAAUAAAGAUAAGAUAGAACUAUGGAAAACUCCUAUCCCAAUUGUCUUUCAUAAUUUUCGGGGCUAUGACUCUCAUUUAGUCUGUGAAUCUGUUGGAAAAUCAGUUAAUGCAUAUCAAAUCAAGGUUAUAGCUGAAACAUUUGAGAGAUACAAGUCUAUGAAGUGUAAAGGAGUUUAUUCUUAUGAGUAUAUCGAUUCACAAGAUAGAUUUUUAGAGACUGAGCUUCCACCUAUUCAUGAAUUUAGUACAUAUCUUCAUG